AUGGCCCCGAAAAGGAAGACGUCUAAGAGGCCUGGUCUUGUGUCCUCAGCGAAGAGACCUAUUAAAGGCCCGUCCCAAGCCUUGUGUUCACCUGCGCCAAAUCAGUCGUUGAGUCGCAUCCAAUCCAUGGUCACUGGUUUGGCUGGUGACCCUGCUGCGCUGGCCCAUGUUGAAGCUGAAAUGGACGGCCUGUUGCACCGCUGCUCAACUCCGUCUACUUCUUCUGCAAGGCCAGCCCCUCCCGCAGGCGCAUCAUCUCUGGUGUCGUCAUCUAGCGAAGAGGAGAGAGAGUUUAUAGCAGCUGGGGGUUUCUUACCUAAUACUGUGGCCCAAACCCCUGAUUUACCCAAGUCUCAGGCUGCCAUGCCGAAGGGUCAGGGUGGUGCCAGGGGAACGCCCAGGAGGAGGGCAUCUGCUCAGAUCCGGGCAGUGCAAGCAGCAGGUGCGCCGCCCCCAGCAGCUGUGCGCUCGGUUUCUGGUCAUUCACAGGUUAUCUCUUUUCAGUCUAUUCCGGGCACCGCUCAGCAGGGGGAUGCUUCUGAGUCUUCGGUAGAGGAUAGCCUUCUUCCACCUCCGAGACCCUCUUCUGGUGGGCACCGUCGCCGCAAAAAGAGUUCCAGGAGGCGCGCCAAGAGAAGGCGGAGGGAUACUUCAUCCUCUCCCUCAGGUACUUCAUCCUCUAGUUCAAGCAGCGAUGAGGAGGCCUCUCUCAAGCUUUACUGGGGCUUUGGGGAGUCGACGGGGCUUCCAAAAUGGGCAUGGGAGCGAAGGGCCAACUCUCACAGAGCAAAGUACGGGGCAGUUCAGGAUUGUCGAGAUGGGGUCCUGGUACCUGAGGUAAAGGUCGCCACCAACUCUGUCAGGGACCUCAUACCCGGUGCCCACUUGACUACCAAGCUGCGGUCCAGGAUUUUGGAUGGCCGUUAUAUUGACAUAUUCAGCCUUGCCCCUCCGCAAGAGGGUCAGGACCCACAAGACAAAGGCUCUACCGCCUCUAAAAAACGGGCGGUGGUAGCAAAGGUGGAUAGGACAUUUGAAAGGUGGCUGGAUAGCUUCCAAGUUUUUGCUGGAGUCGUGUCCGCAGCUUAUCCUAGGAGAUCUUUGCAUCUAUGGGUGUAUUUGUCUAUUGUCCGUUCGGCCUUUACGAUGGCUGGAGAAUCAGCUGCAAUAUCGUAUGAUGAGAACUUUAGGCGCAGGGCAGCUAAGAUCCCCACGGCCCGCUGGGACCGGAAGGAUUUGGACGUAUGGACCACUUUUGUGGCUCCGCGUAUUGACAGGAAGGCUUCAGAACCUCAGAAAUCUAAGGCUGUCCUACCAAGGGUGGGUCGUAAGUUGUUUUGCUGGGAUUUUAACAAGGGUACCUGCCUGUGA